AUGCUUCGUCGAAUCGCAUUCUCGUCCCUACUCUUCCUCUUCCUGCUGCAACUUCCCACUUUGCAGGCACAAGUCGACAUGGAUGAUGCCUUGGACGGUGGUGGCGGGUUCGAUGAUGAUGCUGAUCUGGAAGCCCGUUGCAUGGGGACGGAUUGGGUCACGGCUGAUGCCUCCUGCGAAUAUCCUACCUGGGUAGUGGACGGAGAAUGCGAUCAGCCAGUGUGCGCCGAUUGUUUCGACUGCGACCCGUGUCGCGAAUACAGCUACACCAGCUGCGAUGAUUGCACCGCGGAAGGGUGCUUUUGGUGUCCCGGUGAUGCUCUGUGUUCCAGUCAGACGCCCGAUCAAACUUACUUUGAUCUAUACAACAAGAUUACUUCCUGUCCCGCACAAACGGAUUGGCAAAACACCUGCUCCACCAGCCAGAACCAGUCCGAUACCAAUGUAUUCAAUGAUCCACUAUAUGAUGCUUGGAAACAAAUCUAUCAACUUGUCAAUGUCGAGGAAGUGUGGAAACGAGGGAUCACUGGAGCUGGAAUUCAUGUUCGUGUCAACGACGAUGGAGUGGACGCAACCCACGCAGAAUUCUCCGAACGAUUUGAUGUGACCAACUCGUGUGAUAGAUACCUUCCAGAAGAUGUCGACCCGAUGGAUGGAAAACCAGAUGAACAUGGCACGACCUGUGCCAGUAUCAUUGGCGCUCAAGCCGACAACAAUCAAUGUGCUUCAGGCAUUGCUCCUGGAGUCACAAUGUCUUCCUGCGUUUUAGAUACUGACAUUUCGGAUGAAGAUGAAGCUGAUUUAAUCCUUACCAAAAUGGAUGUGGUGGAUAUUUCAUCCAACAGCUAUGGACCUAACAGCUAUUGUGCCAAUGGAAAUCUCAUGGCAGAAGCUUGCGAAACAGCAAUUAUCGAUUAUUGCUCGGUCCACUACGAGUUGGAUAACCUUGCCUGUGCUGAGUACCUUGACCUGUACACGGAUUGUGAAUAUCAUGUCUUGCCCCCGGAAUUAGACACUGCCUACACUGAAGCUGUGCUCAAUGGUCGCAAUGGUCUCGGAACCAUCAUUGUGUUUGCGGCGGGAAAUGAACAAACUGUUGGGGCAGAUGUCAAUGGCAUUGGAUAUCACAACAGCCGACUUACAAUAACCGUUGGUGCUACCGGGAAACGAGGUAUUCACACUUCCUACUCCAACACUGGCGCCGCCGUACUGGUUACCGCACCAGGCGGUGACGAGGAGUACAUCACGAACACCGUUGUGGCCAAGCCGGAUGGGGAUCUCUCUCUU